AUGUGUUCCACACCCAUGACUUCAGCAUGCAAAUUGUCGCGCGAAGAAGGAGAGCUGCUUGAGAAUGCAAGCGAGUACAGAAGCAUUGUUGGAUCACUGCUUUAUCUUUGUCACACUCGACCUGACUUGUCGUUGAGUGUAGGAAAAGUUGCGGAAUUCAUGCAUGCACCCCGAGUGACACAUUUUGCUGCUGUAAAGAGAAUUCUUAGGUACCUGGCAAGUACGGUGAACUAUGGGCUACUAUUUUCACCAUCUGACAACAAAGCAUUGGUCUCAGCCUUUGCUGAUGCAGACUGGGGUGCCAAUCUGGAUGAUCGAAGAUCAGUAUCGGGCUAUGGAGUAUUCAUUGGAAAAUGCCUUGUUGCGUGGAGUUCUAAGAAGCAAUGA